UUCCUUUGCAAGGCAGGAACCACAUGCCUGAUGCCUUCGUGGGCACGAGCCUUCUCGUGGAAGGAAGUGGUCACAUGGCUGGUAGCUUGCAUGUGAAGCUAGACGGGAGUUGCUUGCUCGAGAAGACUGUCCUGGCUACAAAAGAGGGGUCAUCGUGAUGUCGAGAGGCACAAUUGCGUCCACAUUCCACACUUACACAAUGACCUCAUUUACGUCUGGAGAUCAGUUCAUGUUCUCAUCGGACUCGAGCGACGAUGAGGAAGAAUUGAUGAUGAUGGUCGCCAUCGAGGAGGAAGAGCUUCGGACCCAAGGUCGCACUCGUCAUCGGGGCUCAGUCCUAGGACAUGCGGUCAUAGAUCGUGGGCACCAGGAAGGUGCUGCAAGGCUAUUUCGGGACUACUUCAGCAACAACCCAGUGUAUGGUGAUAUACUGUUCCGUCGUAGGUUUUGGAUGAGUCGGGCUUUGUUCUUGAGAAUAGCCACUGCUGUGGAGAACCACGACCCAUGGUUUCGCCAGAAGAGGGAUGCCACUGGGAAACUGGGGCUAAGCCCCCUUCAAAAGAUGACAGCUGCCAUACGGCAACUGGCAUAUGGAGUCAGUUCUGACGCAGUGGAUGAGUAUGUUCGGAUUGGGGGUAGCACAGCGAUGCUUGCCCUGACAAAGUUUGUGGAAGCUGUUGUCUUGCUUUUCUCCGAUGAGUACCUACGCUCUCCCACCGCGGAGGAUACUGCCCGACUGUUAGCCAUCGGCGAGCAGAGAGGGUUCCCCGCGGACGGGACUGCCCCUCCUGUGUCGUACACCAUAAACGGUACCACGUACGACAUGGGCUACUACCUAGGUGAUGGAAUUUACCCUGAAUGGGCGACCAUAGUGAAGCCUAUCCCAUCACCAAGGGGGAACAAGAGCGUGCUGUUCUCCGCCAUGCAAGCAGCAGUUCGGAAAGAUGUAGAACGCGCAUUUGGCAUCCUGCAGUCGCGGUUCGCCAUAAUUCGGGGUCCAGGAAGAAUUUGGGAACAACGCACACUACACAACAUUAUGACCGCUUGUAUCAUAAUGCACAAUAUGAUAAUUGAGGACGAGAGAGGCGGCACCGAUGUGGAUGAGGUGUUUGAAUAUAUGGGCGAGAAAGCGACAAUCGAGGGUCGUGAUCCAGACCAAGCCGUGCUCCAAUACAUAGAAGCAACUGAAGCAAUUAGGAACCGGGCAAUACACCACCAAUUGCGUGAUGAUUUGGUGGAGCACAUAUGGAGUCGCCAUGGAGCUCAAUACUGAG